UAGCAAAAAAAGAAGAGAAAAAGAAAUGGAAGCCAUGAUUUCUUACCUAUUAGCUCUGCUAUUUCUUCCUCUAUCUCUCACUUUCAUCUUCUUCCUUCGUAAACGCCAUUCGAAUAGCAAAAAACUUCCACCAGGAACAUCUGGAUGGCCAUUGUUAGGAGAAAAUAUGGAGUUUGCCUUAUUAGGUCCUGAGAAAUUCAUCAAAAAAAGAAUGGAAAAGUACUCACCUCAAGUGUUCCAAACAUCAAUCAUGGGAGAGAAAAUGGCUGUGUUUUGUGGUGCACAAGGGAAUAAGUUCUUAUUCUCAAAUGAGAACAAACUUCUCACAUCCUGGUGGCCAAAAUCCAUGAAAAAGGCAUUGCUUUUCCCUGAAUUUGCUGAGAGUUCAUUGAAAGAAGUAUCCGCUUUACAACGCGGUUUUCUCCACGAUAUUCUCAAGCCUGAGGCUCUAAAACAAUACAUUCCAGUUAUGGAUUCAAUGGCCCGAGAUCAUCUAGAUGAAAAUUGGAUUCCUAAUAAUGGAGUAGUCAAGGUUUUCCCAUUGUCAAAGAAGUACACAUUUGAUUUGGCGUGUCGAUUGUUCAUGAGUUUGGUAAAUCCUGAGGAAAUAAAAAGGUUAGCUGAUCCUUUCACUCUUGUUACAAAUGGAAUAUUUUCUAUGCCUAUUGAUUUGCCCGGAACAGCUUAUAAUCGCGCUAUCAAAGGCGGGAAAAUGGUGAGGGUUGAACUUAUGAGGAUCAUUACACAGAGGAGAAAGGAAUUACAAAUGGAGAAUAAGGAGACAAUAGCAGGAGGCAGAGACUUGUUGUCGAAAAUGUUGCUUGUUACUGAUGAAAAUGGAAGGUUUAUGAGUGAAAUGGAGAUCUCCAACAAUCUAAUAGGAAUGCUAGUGGCGAGCUUUGAGACUACUAGUAGUGCAGCCACUAGUGUUUUGAAGUAUCUGGCUGAACUUCCCCACGUCUACGAUCAAGUUUACAAGGAACAAAUGGCAAUAGCAAAGUCAAAAGGAGAAGAUGAGUUGCUAAGUUGGGAAGACAUUGAGAAGAUGAAGUAUUCUUGGAAUGUAGCACGUGAAUCACUAAGGCUAACUCCACCAGCUCAAGGAGCUUUUAGAGAAACAAUCACUGAUUCUACAUAUGCAGGUUUUACCAUUCCAAAAGGGUGGAAGACAUUUUGGUCAGUGCACUCAACACAUAAGAAUCCGAAAUACUUCUCUAAUCCUGAAAAGUUUGAUCCAACGAGGUUUGAGGGGAGUGGACCUGCACCCUACACGUUUAUACCCUUCGGGGGAGGACCUCGGAUGUGCCCUGGAAAAGAGUAUGCUCGACUGGAAGUACUAGUGUUGAUGCACAAUGUGGUCAAAAGGUUUAAACUUGAAAAGGUUAUUCCAGAUGAGAAGAUUGUGUUCCAUGCUUCUCCUGUGCCAAUGCAUGGCCUUCCUGUUCGCCUUCUGCCUCAUGGAAAUUAGUAGAAUUUCAUCUCAGGAAGUGAAUUAUGUUCUGGUUUUAAUUAGUUUGAGCAAAAUUAAGAUAUGACAAUCGUUUUAUAUAAACCCUGAAUAAUUGUAAUACUAGUAUGAAAAUAAGUUGUUGCAUUCAAAUUACAGGGAUAUGUUUAUCUUUCGUUACCAAUUUAUAUCAA